GCGGAGUUUAAAAUGUUCCUGCGGCAGAGCAACACCAAAUUUUUAUCGAACUUGACACAAUUCUCCUAGGAACGGCUCACAAAUAAAACACGAUGGUGCUUCAAACCGGACAAUAAAUAUAUUAAAUGCUUUAAGUGUAAAUAACAAAACAUAGGUUAAGUUAAUUAUUAUGCCUUGAAAGUAAAGUCGGUCUUCCAAUAUGUCAAAAAAUAAACACGAUGAUCCGCACAUACCUCACCUAAGUAAUUCUGAAAUCGUGUUGACGAGCCUGUGCGCCGGCGCGGUGGCGGGCGCUCUCGCCAAGACCACCAUAGCACCGCUAGACAGGACGAAAAUUAACUUUCAAAUCGGACAAAAGCCCUAUUCGACGAAGAAGGCGCUGAAGUUUUUGUUGCAGACGUACAGGCGGGAAGGGUUCGUGACGUUAUGGCGGGGCAACAGCGCCACCAUGGCGAGGAUCAUCCCGCACGCCGCCAUACAAUUUACUGCGCACGAGCAGUGGAAGCGAAUACUCAACGUGGAUCAAACCGGGAAAUCACCGGGGAGGUUGUUCUUGGCUGGCUCCCUAGCGGGAGCCACGUCUCAGUCCCUCACCUACCCCCUGGACUUGGCCAGGGCCCGGAUGGCUGUAACUCAAAAAUCGGAAUACGCCACCCUCAGACACGUGUUCGGUAAGAUCUACACGACGGAAGGAAUACUCGCCUUCUACAAGGGCUAUAUACCGACGGUGGUCGGGGUUCUGCCCUAUGCCGGCGUCUCGUUCUUCACCUACGACACCCUCAAGAGACUUUAUAGAGAAAAAGUGGACGAUAGUCAUAUGCCGCAUCCGAUGAUUUCGCUGCUUUUUGGUGCUGUUGCGGGGAUGUUAGGCCAGACCAGUAGCUAUCCGUUGGACAUUGUCAGGCGGAGGAUGCAAACUGACACGGAAGGAAAAUACCCCACUGUGUUUAAAACCUUAAGAUACGUGUACACGACGGAAGGUCUGAGAAGAGGUUUGUACAAAGGCUUGUCGAUGAAUUGGAUAAAAGGCCCCAUAGCAGUAGGCAUAAGCUAUGCGACCUACGAUAAUAUUAAGGCGUUCCUGAGAAACGUUCUGAUAAAGGUGCGCGAAGUAGAACUGGUCAAUUAAGAAUAUUUUUUAUAUUGAAUUAUGUUUACAACUAAUUUGUACAUGUACUUUUGUAUAUAAGUGUUGAUGAUAUACAUAUAGAGAAAAAUAUAUUUAUUGUUGAUGGGUUGUUGUACAUUUUUUAAUAAAUGUUUAAUAGUUA